CAGUCAUACCCUAAGAAAUGUCUCUGCUUUUCAAACUAGUUGCCAAACCCUUUGUAAGUUUUGUUAUCAAAUCUCAUUUUGUUAAGUUUUGGAUAUACUACAUAAUAUUUGUUUCUCAUUUAGUUUUCUCUUUGGAUGUGUAGUCUACUGUAUAUUUAAAUUCCUUAUGUAGUAUAUAUAUUUUGUAAAUAUUUAUAUAUGUCACAAUACAAUUAAACAAGCACAUAGUAUUUCAUAGUCCAUGGUAAGUUUUGUUAUCAAAUCUCAUUUUGUUAAGUUUUGGAUAUACUACAUAAUAUUUGUUUCUCAUUUAGUUUUCUCUUUGGAUGUGUAGUCUACUGUAUAUUUAAAUUCCUUAUGUAGUAUAUAUAUUUUGUAAAUAUUUCUGUAUAUAUGUCACGAUACAAUUAAACAAGCACAUAGUAUUUCAUAGUCCAUGGUUUUGAAAAUUACGUUACAAGCAAUUAUAUGAAUUUCACAUAACAAAAUAUACAGUGGGGAUUGUAAACAAAGCGUUAGAGUAAAACAUGUCUCUGCUUUUCAACAUAGUUGAAAAACUCUUCGUUCAAGAAGGGGACAAGGACCGUUUCUUCACAUGUCCACGAAAAACCCCCUACAUGCUGGUUGAUGUUACUGUUGGAGAAGACGAAUCGUCAACCGAUGAAGAAAACAAAAUUACAGAUUAUUGGGUAUACAAUCCAAGGAGUGAAAAAAUUAUCAAUAUUACUGGAAAGAAAUUCCCAAAAGUGUUGUCGGGAGGAGGCUUACUCCUGGGAGGAUCACGUGGCUGGGCAAUUUUCAUGAGCUACCCUGAUUACACCAUACAUCUCAGCCAAGUGUUUAAUCCUUGGUGCACAGAGUCGUCUCCCAAAACUAUUACUCUGCCUCCAUUAACUGAUCACCUUGUUCCUCAUGUCGAAAUGAAUGGAAAUGUUUCGCUGUCCACUUAUUUUCCCAACCAGGACGAUGAUUAUAUAGUGUGUUUCACCAUCUUUGGAUCUAAACUUUGUUAUUGUAUGCCUAAUCGAGAUUCGGACUGGGCCACCAUCGACAUUCCUUUCUCCUACGACAUUGACUCCAAUGUCAUUUAUUCUCAGAAAGAUCAGAUGUUCUACCUCCUCGCUACAGGAUGUGCCUACAUGGCUGCCUUGGAUCUCAAAAACAAUAAGAAGAAGCCCAAAUUUAUGAGGCUUCAGUUUGAGAACUUCCCUUUGAUACCACAGUACGAGUGGGAGAUAUUGGCUUCAUGUUUACAGAGUGGUUAUAUUGCAGAGUCGUCUUCUGGUGAACGUUUCAUUGUUCAAUGGUAUGUUGUGACAGUUAAACUCUCGAACAGAGAAAAAUUAAAAGAAAGUACCAAGCGAUUCAUGGUGUUUAGGAUAGAAGAUGACGGUGGUCAAUUAUACCAAGGAACAAGAAUCAUUGCUAACUACACAGAAAACAUUGGGGAUCUUUGCAUUUUCAUUGGAGAAAAUGAGACAUUCUGUUUAGAGGCAAGCAAGUUUCCUGGACUCAGGCCGAACUCUAUAUAUUAUGUUCGCUAUGGCUUUGGUGUUUACGAUAUUGGUAAGAAAAGCAGCCGUGAAUAUGAUCUAAAUGGUUUUCCUUGUAUUCAAGGAAGAACUUUAUUUCUGUCCCCUCUCCAUUAGCUAAAAUAAAAUGGUGAUCUCCCAACACUAGUUAUGUCACUAUAUUAUUAUCAUAAUAAAAUUGUGUUUGAUGUUUAGUAUGAUUUUUCUUUUCAAGCCUUUACCAAUGUUUUAAAUGCUCAUAUACUACAUUGAACUAAAGAUCAUAGGAGAUGAGAGUUUCAUUGCAAUUAUAAAUUUAGGAUCAUGACUUGAAAAGGCAAAGAUUGAACAAUCUGAGUGUAUGCGGAGAGGAAAUGGCAACACAAUGAGAGAUUUACAGGAAAACUUUUAUUCUUUUUUUGUUUUUUGAAAACUUUUAUUCUUUGCUUGAGGAUGAGUAAUUUCUCUAGGUAAUAAUUCCGACGACCAAAAGAAACUUAGAAGUCCACACUCUUUUGACCAAAAAAAAAAAGAAGUCCACACUCUAUGAUCAUCAGCUCUUCCAUAAUCUCUAGACAAGUACCCAAGGCUAUGAAGUUUUCUCAUGAAUAUUGUUGAAGGUGGAAAUCGGUUCCAACAUAAUAACAAGAUAUUAUAACUGAAAGAGGGGGACCAGAGAUUUCUUUUAUGAUGAAGUGUAUGUACAAUGACGAAUUUUGUACGAAAAUGAAGAUAAAAAAUAAAUAAAAGGAACAUGUCGUCGUGUAGCUUAUGAAUUGUUUGUAAUUUUAUACUUCAAGGACCGAAUAGCAAAUUGCAGGCCAUCAGCAUAUCCAGUUCCUAUACUCAUUGGCGGUAGAGUGACAGCUACGUUCGGUGACGCUGUGUCUAUACUUUCUGUGUAACUCCCAGAUCGAUCCGUCCCAUUUUCGUGUUGUCGGAGGCAUGUGUUUUGAAGUCAAUGGAAAGCAGUCUUUUCUUCGAAGAUGGAUCGAGAGAUUUUUUCCCAAUAGGCAUGCGAUUGUCUCUGGCCAGGCCAACUCGGGGGGCUGCUCAAGCCCACCUCCAAUUAUAGCCACCUUUCCUAGUUUGUCAUGGUAAUGUCUCCCAAGCAGUUUUUAUGUGUCACUGCCGAAUUGGCGGAGCCUUAAGAGCAUCCUAUUAUCCAGCAUUACCAUCUCACUUCUCUAUUAUGUUUCUAUAAAUAUCAUUGUGUGUGUAGACAAUGAAACUAAGAAAAUCAAUCCUUCAUUUCUCUUUACUCAUUGCAACAACAUAUAUCUCUCAUGUUCUUCACAUUAUUCUUCAUUUACUCUCCAUUACUCUUUCUUUGAUUCUUACACAAAUCUCUUUACUCUCUUCAUCACUACACACGCCUAUACUCUAUUUCUCCUUACUCUCACAUCCUAAUCUAUGAUUUCUCACAUCAGAGGGCAGUUCCCAAACUGAAACCUCAUAAAUUUUGGAUUCUUCUUAUUCUUUUUGAGAUCCAAGGCAGCCAUGUAGGAACAUCCUGUAGUGAGGAGGUAGAAUAUCUGGUCUUUCCGAGAAUAAAUGACACCAAAGUUGAUUUCGUAGGAGAAAAGAAUGUCGACAAUCGUCCAGUUUGAAUCUCGAUUAGGCAUAUAGUAACAAAGUUUGGAUCCAAAGAAGGUGAAACUCACUAUAUAAUCAUCGUCUUGGUUGGGAAGAUAAGUGGACAAGGAAACAUUUCCGACCAUUUGGGCAUGCAAAACAAGGUGAUCAGUAAAUGGGGGCAGAGUAAUGGUUUUGGGAGAUGACUCUGAGGACCAAGGAUUAAGAACUUGGGUGAGAUGUAUGGUGGAAUCAGGGUGGCUCAUGAACACUACCCAGCCACGUGAGGUUCCAAGCAGUUUGCAUCUGUCCGACAACACUUUUGAGAAUUUCUUGCCAGUAACAUUGAUAAAUUUUUUACUCCAUGAAUUAAAUAAUCAAUAAUCUGUAAAUAAGUUUUCUUCAUCGUUUGAAGAUUCGUCUUCUUUAAAACUAAGGUCACCCAGCAUGUAGGGGGUUUCUCGUGGACAUGUGGAGAAAAAUGCCUUGUCCUCUUUUCGAACCUGUGAAUGAUUGUAACAAAAAAAAA